GUUCUCGUUGUGUUCGGUUGCCUUUCGACUUGGGAUUCUCGAGAGCCCUCCACGCUUUCUUGAUGACCACCUUUCUUUAUCCUUCCCCUUACGAUAUAUAGCUAAUCCAUGGCGAUCACUCUUCUCCCUGAUAGAUCGCUGAUUUACCAGCUUUAGAACGCACCUUCUUCCCUCUACUUUGUACGGUCGCGUUUGCAUCCUGUAGCUGAGAUGUCAUGGAGCUGAGAGCCAAGGCGGCUCCUCUUGUUCCCCUUUCCAUGGAGAGAAGAUGGAUGUGGCCCUUGCUGCUGUGCUCGAUCGUCGUCAUCGUCCUCGCGGUCACCUCCUCCAACAUGAGCAUCAUCUCCUCCUUCCAGACCAUGUUCUGGAUCUUCCCUACCGUGCCGUCCGCGAACAGGACCGGCCCCGCCUUCGUCGAGUCGCAGUUAGCGUCCGCCGCUCCCCCGCCUGUAGGUUCCCGGAUUCCCCGGCUGGCCUAUUUGAUCUCCGGAUCCAAGGGCGACUUGGACCGGCUGUGGCGCACGCUGCGGGCGCUGUAUCAUCCUCGCAAUAUCUACGUCGUCCACCUGGACUUGGAGUCUCCGGCGAGCGAGAGGCUGGAGCUGGCUUUGCGCGUCGCCAACGAUACCGUGUUAUCCACCGUCGGCAACGUGCACGUCGUCGAGAAGGCUAACAUGGUUACUUACCGAGGACCGACGAUGGUGGCCAGCACACUUCAUGCCUGUGCUAUACUUCUCAAGGAGAGCAAGGAGUGGGACUGGUUCAUCAAUCUCAGUGCCUCGGAUUACCCUCUCGUCACACAAGAUGACAUACUGCAUGUUUUCUCGUCGCUGCCGAGGAACAUAAGCUUUGUCGAGCACACGAGCAGAUUGGGCUGGAAAGAGGGCCAGAGAGCAAAACCUUUGAUGGUAGAUCCUGGGCUGUACAUGACUCGCAAGACCGAUGUGUUUUGGGUGAGUCAGAAAAGAGAGGUACCGACUGCAUUCAAGCUGUUCACAGGCUCUGCAUGGGUGGCUCUGACUCGAGAAUUCGCGGAGUUCUGCGUGUGGGGAUGGGACAAUCUGCCAAGAAUUCUCCUCAUGUACUACACCAACUUCGUCUCCUCCCCCGAAGGCUACUUCCAGACGGUGAUCUGCAACGCACCCGAGUUCUCGGUCACCGUCGCCAACCACGACCUGCACUACAUCUCGUGGGACGUGCCCCCGAAGCAGCACCCUCACACCCUCUCCAUGGACGACUUGCCCAAAAUGAUCGGCAGCAACGCCCCCUUCGCCCGCAAGUUCAAACGGGACGACCCGGUGCUGGACCAGAUCGACGCGGAGCUUCUCGGCAGGGCAAAAGGAAGCUUCGUCCCUGGAGGAUGGUGUGCAGGAGCACCCCUGUGCACGGAGAUCGGAGAUCCCACGCGACUCCAGCCCGGGCCCGGGGCCGAGCGGCUCGCUGCGCUCAUGGACGUGAUCGUCCGAUCGAAGAAGUUUACUCAGAACCAGUGUAGAUAGGACAUUUUUCCUUCUUCAGGCGAACUCAGGUCGCGACAUGAUGCGCCGCCAUCGGGGCGGCACACUGUGUAGCUAAAAUAAAUGCGAAAGGAGAGAGGCCAAUCCAUUGGCCACAGCCUGUAAUCCAGAUUAACUUCA